UCUCAUUCUUCACCUCAAAAUAUUUUCCCUGUUCUCAUUCUUCACACAAAUUUUGUUUCCUUCCCUUUUGAUCUAACAACUCAAGACCCACGAAGGAUAUUGAAAAUGGUGAAGAUUUGUUGCAUUGGUGCUGGUUAUGUCGGUGGGCCGACAAUGGCUGUUAUUGCAUUGAAAUGCCCUGAAAUUGAAGUGGCCGUUGUCGAUAUAUCUGUCUCGAGAAUCACUGCCUGGAACAGUGAUGUGCUUCCGAUCUACGAGCCCGGGCUUGACGAGGUUGUUAAGAAGUGUAGAGGGAAGAAUCUUUUCUUUAGCACCGAUGUGGAGAAGCUUGUUUCGGAGGCUGAUAUCGUGUUUGUUUCGGUUAACACCCCGACGAAAACGCAAGGUCUCGGAGCUGGGAAAGCUGCUGAUCUGACUUACUGGGAGAGUGCUGCUCGUAUGAUUGCUGAUGUAUCCAAAUCUAACAAGAUUGUGGUCGAGAAAUCCACUGUUCCUGUUAAAACAGCUGAGGCGAUAGAGAAAAUUUUGAACCACAAUAGUAAAGGCAUCGAUUUUCAGAUUCUCUCGAACCCGGAAUUCCUUGCCGAGGGAACCGCGAUUCAGGACCUUUUCAAUCCUGACCGGGUUCUUAUCGGAGGCAGGGAGACCCCAGAAGGUCAAAAGGCAAUUGAAGCGUUGAGGGACGUGUAUGCGAAUUGGGUCCCUGCGGACCGGAUCAUAUGCACCAACCUCUGGUCUGCGGAGUUAUCAAAGCUUGCUGCCAAUGCCUUCUUGGCACAGAGAAUCUCUUCGGUUAAUGCUAUGUCCGCCUUGUGCGAGGCAACCGGCGCUGACGUGAGUCAAGUGUCACAUGCUGUCGGGAAAGACACGAGGAUCGGACCCAAGUUCUUGAAUGCUAGUGUCGGUUUUGGUGGAUCAUGUUUCCAAAAGGAUAUUCUGAACUUGGUCUAUAUAUGUGAAUGCAAUGGCCUUCCCGAGGUUGCCAAUUACUGGAAACAAGUCAUCAAGAUCAACGACUACCAGAAAACUCGGUUUGUAAACCGGAUUGUUUCCUCAAUGUUUAACACUGUUUCAGGCAAGAAGAUUGCCAUUCUCGGGUUUGCUUUCAAGAAGGACACCGGUGACACUCGUGAGACCCCAGCAAUCGACGUAUGCAAAGGGCUGUUGGGCGACAAGGCUCUACUGAGCAUCUACGACCCUCAAGUCAACGAGGAGCAGAUUCAGAGGGACCUUGCAAUGAAGAAGUUCGAUUGGGACCAUCCGGUUCACCUUCAGCCAAUGAGCCCUACUUCGAUCAAGCAAGUCAACGUUGUUUGGGAUACCUAUGCAGCAACAAAGGAUGCUCACGGGGUUUGCAUUCUGACGGAAUGGGACGAGUUUAAAACCCUCGAUUACCAAAGGAUUUAUGACAACAUGAGGAAGCCUGCAUUCAUCUUCGAUGGUCGGAACAUCGUAGACGAGGCUAAGCUGCGGGAAAUCGGGUUCAUCGUCUACUCCAUCGGCAAGCCAUUGGAUCAAUGGCUGAAGGACAUGCCAGCCGUGGCAUAGACCACAUUUUUCAGAGACAAUAAUCCGAUUAUACAAAUUUCAUUUGCACCACAUUUUCAUUUGUUAUAGUUCCAAGUUUAUGUUCGGAGUUAUACUGAGUUAUUACAUGACACAGUAGCAGUAUGUGGCUCUCUGUCUUUACCGAUUUUAUAGUUGUUUUAUUAUAAUAGAACCUGUAUUAGUGAAUUAUAUUACCAAUUAUCUUAUGCAUGAAUAAUGUUGAUGGUGA